AUGCUCGUCUGGGUCACGGACGAUAAGCCAAAUCAGUGCACAGACGGCGAGGUGGAUGACGGCACAAAUCCGGCCAACGGGUUAUUAGUUAUCACGCCACACCUUCUUGACUCAAAGGGCAGCGUAGCCAGCAGCAGUCUGCUGCCGGAAGCAAGCAACCCGUCGACGGUGUUCGACAUCGCGUCGAUGAUCCUCUACGGUACCCAGGCCAUCCCCGUCCAGCUGAAGAUCCUGUUCGACCGCGUCAUGUCGUCGUUCGACAACGACAGUCGGCUGGCGAUCCUCAGUGCCUUCGGCUGGACACCCGAGGACUACAGCCGAGGGUACAAGUUACAGUUAGAUGCAAUGUCACCAGCGUUCCUCGUUGAGGCUUCAGAAUCACCCUCUAGUCGGCUAUACCGGCUUAACGGUGUAUAUUUGGUGACGGAUAUCAGUUGGCGCAUUUGUUACUGCAUCGUCCUCGCACAAGACAUGACGGAACUCAAACAGAAGAUUCAGCAGUUGCAAGAAGAACCUCACAUCGUUGGUUUAGAGGCUAACCUCUCAAAGGCAAACUGGAUGUACUGCUCCGAGGGUUCUAUCUGCGCGAGGAAUGGCGAGGAACUGGAAGAAGUUGCCAGAUAG